CAGAGUCCAUAUCUUCCAAGUCUUACGUUAUCCUUUAAGCCUCCUUCAGCUAACACAACAACAUUUUUUUUUUCUUGUUGUUUUUUUUUUUUUUUUGCACUUAACGACGCUUAAUUUCAUUUCUUACCGGGUCCUUAGGGGGGAUUAUUCAUUCAUAUAAAACAAUCUGCAGCUGGUGCCAGCCCAAAGUCUCCCUCCUGUGAGUGAAGUCAUCUAUUAUUGAGCAAAAGGCCGUGCGUGGAAAUGUGUGUAAGACGGUGGAUUUGAAGUAGAAUUGGUUGCAAUCGAUCAAGGGUGAAGAAUAUUGCUGAUGGUAACAAAAGAAGCAGCUAUGUCUUUCUCGCAAUUCGGAUACCCUUACAAUGCAACUUCACAGUUUUUCGUGUCGGCAAACCCCAGUACGACUUGCUGCGAUUCGAUUUCCAGGUCGGUGUCUGAUGGGACAGGCGGCUCUCCGUCCUCCGCCGCCGCCGCCGCCGCUGCUGCUUCUAUCUGCUGCCCGUCCUACGAGAACCGGCUCCUGGCGAGCAGCCGGACGGAGCUGAACGCAGCACUGGGAAUGUACAGUUCUCCCUACGCUGCAGCGGCCGCCGCGAGCCAGAACUACGCCAACUACUUCCCCUACAGCACCGACCCAUCUGCCAUCUACUCCACUCUGAACCCACAGUAUGACAUUAAGGACAGCACAGGCACUUUACACUCUAGCAUCACUCAGACUGCUGCAUACUACCCGUAUGAUCACUCACUCGGACAGUAUCAAUAUGACAGAUACGGGACAGUAGACUUUAAUGGCUCAGCGAGAAGAAAGAACGCAACCCGUGAAACCACCAGCACCCUGAAAACAUGGCUGUACGAGCACCGCAAGAACCCUUACCCCACCAAGGGAGAAAAGAUCAUGCUGGCCAUCAUCACCAAAAUGACCCUCACUCAAGUAUCCACCUGGUUUGCCAAUGCCAGGCGGAGGCUAAAGAAGGAGAACAAGAUGACCUGGUCGCCUAAGAAUAAGGCCAGUGAUGACAGAAGGGACGACCUCAAGAGCGACCAAGACUGUGUCACCAAAGAUUCCAGCGAUUGCAAGGAUGAAAAGGAUCUGCAUCUAAGUGAUCUGGAGGACAUGGAGGGGGACGGCUGUGACAAGCUGAUGAGUGACUCUGAAAAGGUGGCUGCAGAUGAGCAGGAGCUCCAGAGGGUCAUGGCAGCAUCUGGGGCCCCUCAGAAAAGAGACUGCAGCUCUGAGCUGCAACUGAGUUUGACGAACAGCUUCCACACGUUCCCCUGUGCCAUCAAAAGUAUCACGACCCUCCCUCCUCUCCCAUCUGACUUUUUGGAUCCCAUUGCAUCCAAGGCACCUUCCUUGACCAACACUGCCACAGGAACAGUGUCACUGUCCCACUUUGAAGCCGCCGAUAAACCGCGUAUCUGGUCCCUGGCUCGCACGGCAGCCUCGGGAGUCUUACUGAGCCCUCAGCAGCACAGCUCUGACCUGAGGACAAUCAACUCACUUGGAGACUGCCAGCUUCAGAGCACCAGGCUUACCAGGGCUUCCACUGGACAUUGUGGGGGUAUGAGAGGCCUCCACGAAUCCAGCAUCAAUGUCAACAACACUGAGAGCCCCUUCACUGAGGGCUCAUCCUUGCACUCUAAAGUCUAUGGCACUGGCAGCUACAGUCACAAAGGCCUCCAACUGCACUGUGCGUCCUAUGCUGCACUCCCAGACACGUGCCAGUACUCCAGCAUUGAAGGAUUCUCUGUUGGCAAAGUGGAGACACAGUCAUUGGACCUCAGUGAAGCCUGUGGGACUGUGCAGGACGACAAGGUCACUGCAUUCAGACCAGUGAUGAAGAGGUGAAGCAGAUUCCUGGAAGCUGCACCACAAUAAAUAAUGGGACGAUUAUUAUGCACUAAAGGACACACUGGUAGAGUAACGGCCUCAGUAUGACGCAUGGGAGCUACCUGGCGCCGCUGCAGCGACAGCUGUCAAACUGUGGACGUGGCUAUCAUUUUUGCACAACAUUGUUUUUAAGGUGUAAAAGACUUUAUGCAAAAAAAUAAAAAAAAGAAGAAGUGGACAAAAAAAAAUUCUACAUGCAAAGGAAUGAGAAUGGCCAACUGAAAGCGGCCGAAUUUGUAUAUGGCAAUCGUGUAGUGUAGCAAAUGUAUUUAUUUAUUUAUUUAUCUGUGUAUUUAUAAUUUUUUUGUUAUGUCGUAUGUUUGCUUAUUAUUAUUAUUAUUAUUAUGAUUAUGAUUAUUAUUUAUGGUGUUCAUUGGUUGAAUUAUGUGUAUGUCAUUUAAGUAUUUUGUUACAUGUUGCGUUAAACCGUGGCUUUGUGUAAUUUUACCUGACGUUGAAGAGAAAGUCUUUAGCCAUGAAGACCAUAAAAGGAAGGGGUCCCCUGUGU